AUGGAUUCUCUCAAAGAAAAACUCAAGUGUGCGAAAUGUGGAAAUGUUUAUGGUGAGCUUAGAGACACUUUAUUUAAAUGACAUGGAAUUUAUUGAUAGGUGAAACUAUACCAAUGUAUAUCAAUAAAAAAUGCGAGCAUCAUUUUUGUGAAGACUGUUGUUCCGAGUAAGUUCCGUGUUUUAUACCAUCAAGAAAAUUCAUUAUUUUUAUUUAGAACUUGUUCGGUUUGUAACUCAGAGACAGAUUUUGUGAAAUUUCCAAUGAUAUCUGGUGAGAAGCAAAACUUUAUUCAUUUCUUAGUUCGAGUUUUUCAGAUGUUAUCACUGCAAUUAAUGAGCAUACAGAAAUUGUCAAAAAAUCUACCGAAAUUGAGAAAGAAUUGGAACAGAAAUCUGUCGAAGCGGAAAAAAAAAAAGAAGAGCGAAAUCAAUUGGAAAAAGAAAAACAACAGAUGAUGGAAAUAAGAAAAGAGCAACAUGCUUGUUUCGAAUGCGAGAAUGUUGACUUUGAACAACAGUUAGUUGGAAAUUUUAUUGCUGAACAUUUUUUGAGAAUUUUACAGCAUGCAUUUAUGCGGAGUUUGCCAUGAAUUGAAAUUCUCGAACGAAGAAGAGGUGAAGAAGAAUGCUCUUUGUUCAACGUGUGCAAUCAAAAAACAUAUUCGACAAGGACAUAAAAUUGUUGAUUUCUAUCCUUUUUUGGUAAGUAAAUAUCUAUACUAAAAUUCAAGGUUGGAUAAUAAUUUGUGUGCCUUCUUUUCAUGAAAGCAAAAAAAAAUUCCAGAGUUUAUAUCAAUUUUCAUCACACCGACCAAACAUAAAAUCAAAAUUGGAAGAGUUUGACAAUCUUCGUGGUGUAUUGAAAAAAUCAUGUUUCAAUUUCGAUGUUCUUACCAUAAAAGCGUCAGAGGUGAAAAUUGAUUGUUUUUUACAUGAAAAAACUAGAAUUUUUCAGUAUUACAACGUUCUUACGGAUAUGGCGAGAAGAAGCAAAUCAACCAAAAUCCAAGUUGAAUUUUUCGAAAAGAUUGAAAGUUUCAUUGAAGAGGUUUCUAAAUAAUCCGAUUUUUCAAAAAACUAAUUAUAUGAUUUCAGUCGAAAUCGAUCACAAUUGAUGCCGAUUCUGAAGUUAAAAAACGUAUUGUUUCGCUCCAAGAAAACCUUGAAGCGAUUCGAGAAUGGCAUAAAAGCAAACUUGAAAACUGUGUCGAUGAUUCAGAAACUGUUAAACUCGAAGAAGCUGCAGAUUCGAAUAAUAAUGAUGUUGAAAUCGAAACAGAAUUGGCUUUCGCUCAAAACUUUUUUUGA